AUGACCCAACAACAGCAAACUUCAGGUCCAUUCACAGGCAUCUGCGAUCCAGAUCCCAAUGCCGUAUGGGUAGCCACAGACCUCUACACCCUCUCUCACCUCGACCCUCCAACCACCCACAACAGCAAGAUUCUGAAAAGUACCCUCGACAACGCCUCCGCUCAAGGUCUACCUGCCAUCUACUCCUCGCGCGCAUUUGCAAAAUUUCUAGCUCUUCAAGCCAAAGCCAUAAACGCAAAGCACUUUCUCGAAGUCGGUACUUUGGGAGGCUAUGCUAGUAUAUGGCUGGCAUCUGAGAAUCCUAGCCUCAAAGUCACGACGCUGGAAUACAAUCCUCAUCAUGCUGAGGUUGCUAGAGAGAAUAUAGAAAAUGCUGGACUUUCUGAUCGGAUUACUGUUCAUGUGGGAGCUGGGAUGCAGACACUGCCUGUUGUUCUUUCCGAUAUUGAGGCUGGAAAGCUGGACAAGUUUGAUAUGGUCUAUGUGGAUGCAGAUAAGAUGAACAACUGGAACUACGUCGAUCUUGCCAUCGAGGGAUGCAGGAAGGGAGCUAUUAUUGUUGUGGACAAUGUCGUACAGGGUGGACAAAUUGCCAGUGGGAUUGAGCGCUCUGACAAACCGGGAUAUGUUAGUGGUGCUCGGGAAGUCAUUGAGAAAGUGGGCAAGGAUGAAAGAGUCACUGGUACCGUUAUCCAGACUGUGGGAGAGGGCAAUUAUGAUGGCUUCCUCUUUGCUAUCGUCCAGUGA